AUGUCCAAGUUGAUCGUCAUCAUCGGCAUAACAGGUAACCAAGGCGGUUCCGUAGCCAAUGUCUUCCUCAAAGAUCCCGAAUGGCGCAUCCGAGGCCUGACCCGCGACAGCAGCUCUGCCGCUUCGCAGCAAUUGGCAUCCAGAGGAAUCGAGGUGGUGCGGGCGGAUCUGCAUGAUCCUUCAACACUCGCCCCAGCUUUCAAGGGCGCCAACCUCAUCUUCUCGGUCACUGACUUCUGGAAACCGUUCUUCAACCCAGCGAAUGUUGAACGAGCGGCUAGAGAAGGCAUCAGCAUUGGUCAGUUGUGUUAUAACCUCGAGUACGAACAAGGCAAGAACAUCGCCGAUGCUGCAGCUCACCCGAAUGUCCUUGCUACCCUGGACGAGACAGGCUUGAUCGCCUCCACCCUCAGCAAUGCUCGGGAGUGCUCGAAGGGCAAGUACACAGAGCUAUACCACUUCGACGCCAAAGCAGAUGUCUUCCCGAAGUAUGUCGAGAAACAGCACCUGGAGCUCGCGAAGAAGACGAGCUACUUACAGACAGGAAUGUUUAUGAGCUCGUGGCAUUACAUGCCGCAGCGAUGGCCUGGGAAGCAAGCGGACGGAUCAUUUGUGGCGAGGAUGGCGACAGCGGCUGAUAGUGUGCUGCCACAUCUGGACGUCAACUCGGACACUGGAUAUUAUGUCAAGGCUUUGGCGCAGCUUCCGGCUGGGAAGACGGCGAUGGCUGCUGGGCAGUGGAGCAGCUGGGGUGGGUGGAUGGAGGGUUGGGCCAGAGGGAUGGAGACUGAUCCAGCAAGGGUUGGCUAUGAGCAGGUCAGCGUUGAGGAGAUGAGUGAAGGGAUGGGUGCCUUCGGGAAGGAAGUUGCUGAGAUGUUCGAAUAUUCCUCAUGGCCUGGUUAUGACGGAGGGCUUCCGAUAUUAAAAGGGAGAGACCUGAGAGAGAUGGGCUUUGACAUCCCUUUAACGACUGUCGAAGAGUACACCAGGAAAGAGGACUGGACCGCAGCCAUGAAUGUGUAA